CUUUUCGAGCGAAAAGAAAUAGAAUAACUUUUCAAACUUUGAAAUGAAAAAAGAGAAACUCUUCUCCAUCUCCGAAAUCUUCAAUACCAAGAAAUCUCCGCUAAACCCAUACACCUUCACCCACUUCUCCACUCUCAAUCUCACACUGACACACUGUGAUACCAAAAUUCCAACAAAAAAUGGGCAAGAAAUCAAACUCAAACGGCGACGUUUUACAAUCUAAAAAUUCCACAUGCUUCAUCGGCUCAUCGGUGAUUCCGUUAAUCAACAAGCUUCAGGAUAUUUUCGCACCGCUCGGCGACAUCGACGAUCGUCUCACCGGUCUCCGGCUGCCGCAAGUGGCGGUGAUUGGGAGUCAGAGUAGCGGCAAGUCCAGUGUACUUGAGGCUUUAGUUGGCCGUGACUUCCUUCCACGCGGCACAGAUAUUUGUACACGUAGACCGUUACUUCUUCAGCUUGAAAAACGCACUAUAGGAGUUGGUGAUAAUGAUUCUCGUGAAUAUGGCGAGUUUGGUCACCUCCCUGAUAAACGAUUCUACGAUUUCUCCGAUAUUCGCUGUGAAAUUCUGGUUGAAACAGAAAAAGAAGUGGGAGUUAAGAAGGGGGUUUCGGAUAAACAAAUUCGGUUAAAAAUCUGCUCUCCCAAUGUUCUCAAUAUAACUCUUGUUGAUCUACCUGGAAUCACUAAAGUUCCUGUCGGUGACCAACCCAGUGAUAUUGAAGCAAGGAUCAGAAAUAUGAUAAUGUCCUAUAUAAAACAAGAAACUUCAAUCAUAUUGGCUGUUUCUCCUGCAAAUGCUGAUUUGGCUAAUUCUGAUGCACUACAAAUGGCUAAAGAGGUGGAUCCAACUGGUACCCGUACAAUUGGUGUAAUAACUAAGCUAGAUAUAAUGGAUAAGGGUACCGACGCGAGAAACUUUCUGCUGGGAAAAGUUAUUCCACUUCGUUUAGGUUAUAUCGGUGUUGUCAACCGUAGUCAACAGGAUAUUAACAAUAAGCGUUCUAUUGAAGAAGCACUUGCUUAUGAGGAGCAAUUCUUCCGUGAUUAUCAUGUGUACCAUGGUUUAUCUGAUCGUUGCAGAAUCCCCCAGUUGGCGAAGAAGCUAAAUCAGAUUCUGGAGCAGCACAUUCGAAAUGUUCUCCCCACUUUGAAGACUGAUUUAAAUUCUCAUCUUGUAGCUGUUGAAAAGGAGUUACGUACUUACGGGGAGGCUUUGGAAUCAAACGCAGAAAGAGGGGCCAUGCUGUUAAAUGUUCUGACAAAAUACUCUGAAGCAUUUUCUGCAGUGGUGGAUGGAAAAAGUGAAGCAAUAACAACCAAAGAAUUGUCAGGGGGAGCACGGAUUCAUCACAUAUUCCAGUCAAUUUUUGUAAAGAGCCUGGAGGAAGUGGAUCCUUGUGAAGAUCUAAGUGACGAGGAUAUAAGAAUAGCUAUCCACAAUGCAACUGGUCCAAGAAAUGCGUUAUUUGUGCCAGAGGUCCCAUUUGAAGUUUUGGUUAGAAGACAAAUAGCUAGGCUGCUAGAUCCCAGCCUCCAGUGCUUGCGAUUUGUCUAUGAUGAGCUUAUCAAGGUGAUAAAAGAGUAUUUUUGACUUACAUGGUGUUUUACAGUUUUCGUAAGUAGGUUCCC